AUGCCCAGGCCUUUGGCCGCAGUACUACAAGUCCUGUCAGCCCCGGCCCGCACCAGAUGGAGCCAGAUGUUGUUCCUGUUGGGGACGAGCAAAGUCUCCAAGGCCGCUUUCAACAAGCGGUUCGGGCAAGUCCUGGGGGCGGCCCUGAAGACCCAGGGAACGAAUCUGACUUUCGGCGACUUCAAGUGCUCCGGCAUCAAGUAUGGUAAAAUACCAGACGUCAUUGGCCUGUCCCGCACUCUCCAAGGCAACGACGUGUUGAGUUUGGUCGGGGAACUGAAAGUUCCGUGGGUCCUAGACCACUCCAUAAGUGAGGCGUACGAUACACCGGAUGGUAUUCGUCCGAGGCGCCUCCUCGGACAGCCACUCCUAUAUAUGAAGGAUCUCGGAUCCUUGCAAGUACUCACCAUGAGCCACUUGGACAUGGAUCAGGCAGAGCUUGAUGCUCUAGGUCUAGGGGCGCCCUACGUCGACGCAGAGGGCGGCAACAAUCUUAGAGAGCUCAAUGGGGUGGACAAGGUCGACCGCAUUUCCCAGCUAUAUGGUGACAACGUUACUGGCUAUCAUGCUGGUCUGGCUGAGGAAACCCGAGCGCAGAAUCUGGAGCUGUUUACGAGUGGUGCAAAGCCAAUUCUCGCGGCUACUAGUGCUAUAGGCGCUGGGUUUGAUUUCGCGAACGUGGGGUAUAUCCUCUACUUCCUCGGCGCAUGGUCUCUUACCGACUUCGUCCAAGGCUGUGGUCGGGCGGCUAGAACCGCGGGUUCUAAGGGCGAUGUGGAGGUCUGGGUGAAGGCAAAUGGCUCUCUCCUUAAGGAUACGCCCUCGGGAGACAUCGAGACGAACACCCCGGCUUGCGACCUUCGUGAAGGAGAUGAGGCGUGGCCGGGGGAGUUCUCUAUACCCCUCAACCUACAGAGACCCAGCUGCCAAACGGACAAUGGCAUGUGGAGUACUCCCGGGUGUGUUUUCAACCGACGUCUAUGGACCCUCUCAGGGUCCUAG